GAGGAAAGGGGAGGGGAUGGUGCCUCUGCUGCAGAAUUUCUGCCCAAGUUAAAACACUCAGCUAAAAGUUGUAUGAGAGUGUAUUCUGCCUGGUCAUUGACAAUGCAUUGCUUACCCAUUGCUCUGGUUCUGCUGGGCACAGUCUCCCUGUUUACCAGCUGCUAUGGUGCCCCUCAUUCUAGCACAGUACGAAUGGUCACUACAGAGAAGACCCACACAAAACCUAACAGCACCAUGAUUACUCCAGGAGCCAAUGGGACCAUGAAACCAACCAAGUAUGGGGACGAAGAUUUGGGGGAACCGAUUCUCAAUGAAAGAAGAAUGAGGCUGUCUGAGGAGAAGACAGUGGAAAAGAAAGCAAAUGUGACAGCGAAAAAAAAGGUUAAGGUAGUAAAGACGGUGAAAGUUUUGAAGAAGCCGAAAACAGAAAGUCCCAAGGCCAAUGGAAAACCAGAGGAACAAUGUCCACCGCUGGGACUGGAAUCCAUGAGAAUAUCUGACUAUCAGCUGAGAACAUCAAGCAUCAAACGCUUUGGUUUGGGGUCACACCGAGGACGACUCAACAUACAGUCAGGGAUUUACGAUGAAGACUUUUACGAUGGCGGCUGGUGUGCAGGAGAAGCAAACAAAAAGCAGUGGUUCGAGGUCGAUGCCAGAAGACUCACCCGCUUUACGGGCGUUAUCACUCAGGGCAAGAACUCAAUCUGGACUGAUGACUGGGUGACGUCAUACAAAGUCCAGGUCAGUAAUGACACUCACACCUGGAAGACGUGCAAGAAUGGGACUGAGGAAGCGAUUUUUAAUGCAAAUAAGGAUCCUGAGACUCCAGUGCUAAACCUCCUGCCCAAGCCGAUGGUGGGGCGAUACAUUAGGAUUAAUCCACAGACCUGGUUUGAGAAUGGAACCAUCUGCUUGAGGGCUGAGAUCCUCGGAUGCUCACUACCAGAUCCAAACACUGUGUUUUUAUGGGAACAUGAACCCGAACCAACAGAUAAACUGGAAUUUAAACACCACAACUACAAGGAGAUGAGGAAGCUAAUGAAGAGAGUGAACGAGGAAUGUCCAGAGAUCACCCGAGUAUACAGCAUAGGCAAGAGUUACAAUGGACUCAAAAUGUACGUCAUGGAAAUAUCAGACAAUCCAGGAGAACAUGAACUUGGGGAGCCUGAAUUCCGGUACGUGGCUGGGAUGCAUGGAAACGAGGUGGUGGGCCGGGAGCUGAUGCUGAACCUCAUGGAGUAUUUCUGCCAGGAAUAUAAAAAGGGCAAUCCCCGCAUUGUGCGCCUAGUGACAGAGACUCGAAUCCACCUGCUGCCCUCAAUGAACCCAGAUGGAUAUGAACAGGCUUACAAACUGGGUUCCGAGCUGUCGGGGUGGGCCAUCGGUCGUUACACUUACCAAGGGAUCGACCUAAACCACAACUUUGCGGAUCUAAACACCCCCUUGUGGGAAGCUGAGGAUAAUGAACAGGUCCCACACAAGUUUCCUAAUCAUUAUAUUCCAAUUCCUGAAUACUACACGCUGCCCAAUGCCACGGUUGCCCCUGAAACUCGAGCGGUGAUUGACUGGAUGCAGAAAAUCCCCUUUGUCCUCAGCGCCAACAUGCAUGGUGGUGAACUAGUGGUUUCAUACCCUUAUGACAUGACACGUUCCUAUUGGUUGGCCAAAGAGCUGACACCAACUCCGGAUGAUUCCAUGUUUCGUUGGCUGGCCACAGUCUAUGCCACUACCCACCGCAUCAUGGCUGAGGACAAUCAUAGAAUCUGCCACAAUGAGAACUUCAUAAGACACGGCAACAUCAUCAAUGGAGCAGACUGGCACACUGUGGCUGGAAGUAUGAAUGAUUUCAGCUACCUUCAUACCAAUUGUUUUGAGGUGACGGUGGAGCUCUCCUGUGACAAAUUCCCACACGAGGUGGAGCUUCCUACUGAAUGGGAGAAUAACAAAGAAUCUCUCCUGGUCUACAUGGAACAGGUCCAUCGAGGCAUAAAAGGUGUGGUACGUGACAAAGACACAGAAAAGGGAAUUCCAGAGGCCAUCAUUGCAGUGGAUGGCCUUAACCAUGACAUCCGCACAGCAAUUGAUGGGGAUUACUGGCGUCUUCUCAACCCUGGGGAAUAUGAAGUCACUGCCAAGGCUGAAGGAUACCAUCCAUCAACCAAGUCGUGCCGUGUUUCCUAUGAAGACCGUCCAACCAUCUGUGACUUUUAUAUCUCAAAGACACCAAAACAACGUCUGAGGGAACUGCUGGCCAAGGGGGGUAAACUUCCCAAGGAGCUCAUGCUUCGCCUGCGGCAGAUAAGAAAUCGCAAGCUGAAAUUAUCAAGCCCCAAGUGAACGUCAGAAGAAAAGGGAAUUUGCCGACUGGAGACAGACCAAUUCUAGGUUUCUAAAAAUAUAUUGCCUCAGCUUGGUAUUUUUUUUAAUAUAACUUCCUGCUAUAUUUCCAUUCUGACUCGGCUGGGAAGUUGUUGCAAUUUAUCAGAGUUUCCACAUUUAUGAUAAAGCUGGGGUGAUAUUGUGUUGUAGUACAAUACAGAUGACAAUAUGAAUGUGUUAUCUGUAUUAUACAGUUAGUAGCGACCAGGGUGUAAUAAGUGUAGAUACUAUCUUUCUUGAAUGACACAUUUACUUUACGGAGCGUUUCAUUUUGCAAACAUAAACAAUAAGAUAUUUCCCCUGAAUCAGCUUGAGAAGAUUUUAUAUUAAACCCGUUGGAUCAGAUAUUUCAAGGAUUGCUAAUACAUUGAUAAACCCGUCACUGCAAAUGUCACUGGUGCCAGUUUCCAAGAAAUAAAAUAUAAUCUAGCCAGAUUGACAAGCACAACCAAACCACCACUAAGUAAUAAGGCAGCACCCCACACCUACUAGUGUGCACCUGCAUGAUAGGAAACGUGGGGUACUGUGCUCAUAAUUUAACAGUGGGGUGAAUGCAUGCAAAGCCAAUGUUGGGGGAGGAAGUGUGAUCAUUGGGUAGGUAUACCUUCCAAACUAUAGAUGUCCUGCCUAAUAACACAGUAGGUGAGAGGUGCACGUCAAGAUUUGUAGCAAUGCAAUUGUUGACUUAUCAAACUAGCUCUGGUGGAUUGUUCCGAUAUGGUGGGCUGCUAAGUGAACAUUUAUAAAUAACAGAUAAUUGUCUAAUGACUGCUUAUUACAUGAGAACACUAGGGGGCGCAUGUGUUGCAGUCAUACUGGGCCCUUACAGCCAGGGAGACUUAAAGGAAA